GGAAAAAUUGGAACAAUUCUUUGCGAGGAAAAUCAUUCAAACACAUAAAAGAAGCAAACUUACACAUAUCUGAAUUUUUUAAUACAAAAAACGAAGAAUUCUAUACUAAAGGAAUUACUCGAAAGAUGGCAAAAGGUUAUACAACAAAAUGGCAAAUAUAUCAUUGAUUAUAAUCCCUGAUAUAAUUUGACACACUAGACACCAAUGGACACACUGAUCUUGAGUAGAAAUUCCAAAACGGUCAGGAACCUGAGAGCUCUGCUCUCCACCAAUCAGAGGCAUUCAUGAAAAAUUACGAAUCACUAGUGAUUCCAAAGUAGCAGUCUGUCUGUUAUUCUCUAUUGUUGUCAGUUGGUAUUAUUGAAUUCAAAAAUUUAAUACUCCCAUGCUCCCAUGUCUGUUGAAAGUUCUGCGUAACAUUCCGUUCAUUUCGUUAUUAAUAUCCUAAAAGUGUUUUCAAGAUUUAUAAGAAGUAAAAGUUUCGAAGUUCCUGAUACAGAAGCAUGGUAUUUGGCGAAAAGUCAUUAUAUAUUGACUAAUUAAUUAAAAUGACGGUGGACUUUGUGAUUCCUGUAAACAAAGAUGAACUUUUGCAAUCGAGGGGGAAUGGACAAUUUUUCGUUGAAUCCAUCAUUCCAAUUCGGAUGAUUCCCCAAGCUUUAGAUGAAACGAGAUCAGCACUUCAAGAAGAUGGAAUUGAUUUUAUUCUAAAACAUUUUGAUAAAUUCUUUUCUGUAAUGAUUCAUAGUAAUAAAGUUGAGUUAAAUUUUGUAUUAAGAGGUUUUACUAGAAUUCAUAAAGCCAUUGAGAUGUUAGUCCAUGACAUGGAAAGUAUAUUUGAAAACACAGAAGAAUUACAAGGAGAAGAUAGAAUAAAAUUUUUGAAUAUUACUAAAAUGCUAGUAUAUUUAUUUUCUUGGUUUAUUUGUUACAUAAAUGAAGAAAUCAGUAAAGGUGCAGUUGAUAAACUGACUAAUAAGAAAAAGAAAUUGAGUAAGACCGACAUGGAAGAAGAAUGGGAAACCAGUAAAGAAAAGGCAUUGGAAUAUAUUUUUAGACUAUUACAUUUACCAUUGCAUAAACUCUGGCGGCCUCCCAUUGUUGAGGAUGCGUUUAUCAUAUUACUCACUAAAGUGUGCUAUAAAAUUUUGGAACAAUGUAAUGAAGCAAGGCAGAACCAUGUAAGACAAACAAUUUUUGAGAUUUUAGGAGUGUCGAUUAAAAAAUAUAAUCAUGGUAUAAGCUGCAUAGUAAGAAUUAUACAGAUGGUUAAAUAUUAUGAAGCAUUAGCAGGAUACAUAGGCAUUGGUGUUGUUCAUAUGAUUACUGAAUGUGGCUGUAAUGGCUUAAUGAAAGAAAUAAUGAAGGAAAUUGAUCAAUCUGAACCAUCUGAAGCUGACAGUCGAAAUAUUUCUAAAUUUCUUGAAACUAUUGCAGUUACUAAUCCAGAUGUAGUAAUUCCUUUUCUUGACGAAUUAAUGGAUUACCUAGCUAGUGAACAUUACACUAUGAGAAAUUGUACAAUUACUGUUUUGGGAGCUGUUGUACAGAAAGCACUGACUGGGGAUGAUCUUACUGAAGAACAAAAAACUCUACGUAAUGAAUGUCUUAAUAAUUUACAAGAUCACAUUCAAGAUUGUAAUGCUUAUGUAAGAUCAAAGACAUUACAAACUUGGCAAAAUUUAUGUUGUGAACAAGCUAUUCCACUAGCAAGGCAAGGGAAACUUUUAGCUGUUACAGUAUUACGAUUAGAAGAUAAAAGUGCGAAUGUGCGAAAGCAAGCAUUGCAACUACUACGUGCAUUACUUCAAGCCAAUCCUUUUGCUCCUAAGUUACACAAAGACGAAAUUGCUAAAUCGUUAGAAAAGGAAGAAAUAAAAUUAAGAAAGAUGCAAACUGAAAGUGUUAGUAAGAGUAGUCGCGGCGAUAGUCAAAGAUUAGAUUUGUGGAAUAGUUUAAUUCCAGAAAUAAGAAAAGCAUUGAAGGAUGUUAUUAAUGGAAGGAAACAAAACGACAAUGACGAUGACACGGACAAUGAUGACAAAGCUGAAGAUGAAGAAAAUAUUACUCCUGAUGCAGAAUUUGAACGGGUUCGGCAAUUUAUGUUGAAACAAAAAAUUUUUGAAGCAGUGAAAUUAUUGUGGAAAAUUUGUAUCAAAUUGAAGCAAAAUCCACAACUAAAAAACCUGACUUUUGAAGCAAAAGAAGAAUUUCUAUUCUUGCUUUUACUAAAAACGUUUAUGGAAUCGGAAGAUAAAGAAAAUAACACAAAUAAGGUUACAGAUAAUAUGCAAUCAACAGAUAAAAAUAAGGAAAAAGAGGAAAUAGAAGUGCAAAGGCGAGUUGUACACUAUUUGAAGAAUUGCCUGGAAUUUGCAACUGAAUUAGAAAUUGCCAUUCCUCUGGCAAAAAAAUUACUUUUUUCGACAACAGCUGGUGAUGCUGUUGAAGCAUGUGCUUUACUUGGAAUUGCAUGUCAGUUUGGCAUAGCUGGAGCUACCGCCGGUAUACGUGAUGCUCUGUUUCAAAUAUUUCACCGUGAUCAAUCAGUACGUAAUAAUUUGGCUGUCGUAUAUAAACAGAUAUAUUUGAAAAACAACGAAAAUAAAAAGUCAAGUCGCCAAAUUGCUCUUACGUGCGUCAAAGCUUUAAUUGACUUAUUGAAAUCACUUCAACCGGGUCAAAGUCAAGCUUUAAGUCAACUUAUCGUAACAUGGUGUACUAAUAAGGAACUGGGUGAAGAAGAAUUACAAGUUUUGUGGGAAAUGUUUACAAUGAAAACACCAGAUAUCGACCCUUUGGAUAGCAGAUCGGCUUUAAUGUUAAUAACAAUGAUAGCUCAAGCUCACCAUAAUAUUGUAGCAGAUAAUGUAGAAGUACUAAUCAAAAUAGGUUUGGGACUACGAGCAAAAACGGAUCUUCUUUUGGCUAGAGAUACAUGCAGGGCAUUGUUAACGAUAAAAAAUAAGAGUGACAGUAUUGAGAAAUCUGUAAAUAGGUAUCCUAAUGAUCAUGAAAUGUUUACACAAAUUCUUGCAUUGCUAACAGACAACUUUACUAACAAAGAAGAAGAUGGAUAUGUAUCAUUUGCAACAGACGCAAUUAACGCUAUUUAUCAUUUAGCAAACCAACCUGAUCAUUUAAUGCAGAAAUUCCUGGUAGCUAUAUAUAAUCAGGAACAAUUUGAUAGUAACAAUCCAACGGAAAAAGCUGUUCCAUUUUAUAUACUGUCUAAAUUGAUUUAUAUAAUUGGACAUAUUGCCAUCAAACAAAUGGUACACCUGGACACAUCAAUCUACAAAGAAUUAAAGCGGCGGGACGCUUUACGAAAAUUAAAAAAAGGAAAGGAUCCAGAUAAAAGAGACGAGAUUCUUAAUAGUAACCGGUCUCGUAAAUCGAAUAGUACUACUCCAACUAGUGCAAGACAGCAGAUUCGCCUUAAAGAGACAAGUGCAAUUAUGGAAGACAAUGGAGAAGAAGCUGUUGAAGGAGCCAUAGAUGAUGCGGAUGCGGAGCUUAUAAAUGAUAUUCUUGAAAAUCACGUUGUAACUGGAGAUGGAUUGCUAGCACAAUUUGUUCCGUUGGUAUUAGAUAUAUGUCAAAAUCCUGACAAAUACAAUAUCGAAGAUUUACAAGCUGCUGGUACUCUUGCCCUUACUAAGAUGAUGACCGUGAGUUCUAUCCUUUGCGAAGAGUCAUUACAACUCUUAAUCACAAUAUUAGAACGUUCGCCAUAUCCUACCAUUCGCGCGAAUGUUCUUAUUGGAAUAAGCGAUCUUACAAUGAGAUUUCCUAACUUGAUAGAACCGUGGAUGAAACAUAUAUAUGGCAGGCUGCGAGACGAAAAUGUAGAAGUACGUAGUACUUGCGUUCGUGUCUUAUCAAGUCUUAUAAUGAGAGACAUGGUACGUGUAAGAGGCCAAAUAUCAGAAUUAGCUCUCUGUAUAAUUGAUAACGACACCCAAAUUCGUCAAGAUGCGAGACAGUUCUUCAAAGUUUUUUCGCAGAAACCUAAUGCUUUGUAUAAUAUAGUGCCGGAUAUAUUGUCCCGAUUAACUGAUUCAGAUUUAGAUCUAAGCGAAUGUGACUUCCAAGAAAUUAUAAAAUACGUAUUAGCUUUGUUACAAAAAGAGAAACAUAUUGAUUCUAUAAUUGAUAAAAUUUGUGCUAGAUUUAAAUUAGCUACUACAAAACGACAGUGGCGGGACUUUUCAUAUUGUCUUUCACUUUUACCAUUUGGUCCAAAGGGUAUACGACAUCUUACUGAAAGUUUACCUCUGCUGAAAGAAAAGAUUCAUAAUAAGCAAGUUUUGAAAGCCGUACAAACUAUAAUAGAGCAGACAAAGAAGAAGCCAAAUAUGAAAGCACCUUGCAUAGAAUUGGAGGAAAAACUGAAAGAACUGCUCAAGGGUACAGAGAAUACGGAGAAUACACAGCUAGAUGACGCCGAAAUAAUGCCACCGCCUUCAACAUCCAAACUUAGAAGACAUCGAAGACAUAAACGGGACAAGGCUUCUAGCGAUGAAGAAAAUGAUACAGAUAGUGAUCCUGAUACACCUACAGAAGCAAGGAACGCGUCGAAUGCAAAAACACGUGGUUCAGAUUCAGCCAGUUCAAACGUACCGACAUUACGUGCGAGAAAGUCGACAUCUCAAAGGAGACAUCUCAGUCUGGCCGAUGCAUCUCUACCGCCAACAAUAAAAAGAAAUAAAUUACGUGGUCCGGCACCUGCAAGCGUUCCACGACGAACCUCAGCACGUUUAUCUCAGUCGACGACGCAACGUUAAAAUAUACCGAUGAUAAUUUUACCUACCAAAUGUGUUGGUACAAUAAAAAUUUGAAAAAUA